GAUUAUAUUGGAUCGAUGCAAAAUAUAUCAGUGUUCCACGAAAUUUCAAACAAACACAAUGAAUUUAUUUGUGUGUUUGUUCUUGGUUGCAUAUUUUGUGUUGUGCUUCGGGGGUGAAGUAAAUUACUGCAAGUUAUCCUGCGGAAGGGUCAAAAACACAAUAUGCAGGAGGAGAGAUUGCAAGCCUGUUAAAGGUUGCCAAGCCAAACCAAUGGAUGAUGAAACUAGAAAGUUUCUGGUUGAUGUUCACAAUGAAUAUAGAAACAAAAUUGCUUUGGGAAAAGAACCUCAGUUCAAUGGAACGAUAUCGAACAUGCAAAUGAUGAGUUACGAUUUAGAAUUGGAAAGAAUGGCGCAAUGUCACGCAAACGAAUGCAAAACAAGCAAGAAAAACGGCCACGAUAAGUGUAGAAAAACAUCUAAAUUCACAUCUGUGGGUCAAAAUAUUCACAAAGUUUCUGGAAUCGAGCUAUUUGACCAUUGGUUAUACCCAAACUACACCGAAAACUUCAAAAAUUGGUACAACGAAAUUAAGUUCACUGACGCAUCAAACUACAAAAAGUAUACCAAAAAACGCAAAUCCGGUUUUGAGAAGAAACAAAUCGGCCAUUUUACACAAUUUAUAUGGGCGAAAUCGUACAAAAUCGGUUGCGCAAGGGCCAUCAAAGAAACCAACGAAAAAAAAUUAAAAUACGUCAUGUUAUUCGUUUGUAAUUAUGGACCUGGGGGCAACACGAACAAUAAACCGGUUUUUAUUGAAGGACCUACGUGUUCCAACUGUCCAGAAGACACCAAGCGGAGCGAAAAAUAUUCGGGAUUAUGCCAAGAAAAAAAUAACCAAUAGCUUUUAAAACCCAAAGGUUUUAUAUUUAAUUUAAUAAAUUUAUAAUUAAAAUGUAUUAUUAUAAUGGUUUAUGCAACAUAAACCAUAUGGUGAAUAUAUUGAGAUGUCCC